CCCGCGCCUUGAUUAGAUUCUGCCGAGUUGGGUCGCGGUGGUACAUCAAGCAUAUAAAAACAAAUCGAUCAUUUCGAGUCAGCACCACAGAUCGUUCAGCUUCCGUGUUCAAAUAGUCACUUCGGUUCUACCAGCCCUCAACCAAAGAUGAAGUGCUUCGUUGUUCUCGUCAUCGCUGCCAUUUCACUGACCGCCGAUGGAUCAGUGCUGCCAUGGUACUGGCCCGGACCAUUGGCCAUCCCAGCUCCAGCCGGACUGGCCAUUCCCGGUGCCACAGUCAUUCAGUCAAAUCCCGCACCAGCUAUCGUGGUGCCAGCACUUCCGGCUCCGAUAACGGUUGAUGCCUCCGGAGUACCCGCUGUGGUUGUCGCUCCUGCUCCAGCUGUUCCUGCAGUGGUUAUAGCGGCUCCAGUUCCAGCUGCCACAUCCGUUUCAGCCACUCGCGGAGCCGUUCACGUUGCUCCGCUGCCAGGACAUGCGGUUUCACAACAACAACUGAACUUGGCUCCAGCCCCCGGCUCAGAAUAAACUGGCGGCAGUCACCUCCGAUGAAGUGCAAUCAAAAUACUCUAAACGGCCUCUCGCACGGUUCUGUUCAAUCCUUUUCGGCGGUAGAACUUGUUCCUUCUAGUGGGAUCGGAGUUCUGAAGCUGAUUUGGUUUUUAAUAUUUUGUAAAUUCCUUUGCAACUCGUUCCACAAAUACACUUGAAUAAAUGGCAAACUUCGAAUACGACAACUUUA